GUUAGACAGUGGCCUAUUAGUAGCUGCGGGAGGUGGGGCUAUGGUGUCAGUGCUGGUCGUCGUCACACGUGAUCUGGCAGUAGUUCCAGGUGGUUACAUCGGGAAAUAGGAGAUCAUGACGCUCAACUGGAGGCUGAGUCUUCUGCUUUUAGCCCUAAGUGGUGUUGUGUGGCUGGCACAGGCAGAAGACGAAGGGGAUGAUGACAUCAAUGUGGAGGAUGAGUUGGAUGCUGUAGGAGAAGGGGAAGAUGAGGGAGAUGAUGAUGAUGGGGAGAAGACCCCUCCCCCACCUGCUCUGCCAAAGGUGGUCUACAAACCUCCAGAACCCAUGGGAGAUCACUAUUUUGCAGAAUCUUUUAACAAGGGAACACUGGACAGUUGGGUGUUGUCCAAAGCGAAGAAGGAUGGCAUUGAUGAGGAGAUCGCUAAGUAUGACGGAAAAUGGGCAGUGGAGGAAAUGGUUGACAGCCGUCUCCCUGGAGAUAAGGGUUUGGUGCUAAAGUCCCGUGCGAAGCACCAUGCCAUUUCUUCUCCAAUGCUGAGGCCCUUUGUCUUCGAUACCAAGCCAGUCAUUGUGCAGUAUGAAGUGAACUUCCAGACAGGUAUAGACUGUGGGGGCGCCUAUGUGAAGCUGCUUUCUCAAACUCCUGACCUUGACCUGGACCAAUUUGUAGACAAGACCCCUUAUACGAUAAUGUUCGGGCCAGACAAGUGUGGUGAGGACUAUAAGCUUCACUUCAUCUUCCGUCAUAAAAACCCCAAAACCGGCGAAUUUGAGGAAAAACACGCCAAGAAGCCAGAUGCAGAUUUGCGUACCUACUACACGGACAAGAAGACCCACCUGUACACCUUGGUACUGAACCCCGACAACAGCUUUGAGAUCCUGGUGGACCAGCUGGUAAUUAACAGUGGGAACCUUCUGAAUGACAUGACCCCAGCAGUCAACCCCACAGCUGAGAUUGAGGACCCAGAUGACCACAAACCUGAAGACUGGGAUGAGAGACCCAAAAUCCAGGACCCGGAUGCAGUCAAGCCUGACGACUGGGAUGAGGAAGCCCCAGCUAAGAUCCCAGAUGAGGACGCUGUGAAGCCAGAUGGCUGGCUGGACGAUGAGCCAGCAUAUAUACCUGACCCAGAUGCAGUCAUGCCUGAGGACUGGGAUGAGGAAAUGGAUGGAGAAUGGGAGGCCCCGCAGAUCCCCAACCCCAAGUGUGAGUCUGCACCCGGUUGCGGCACUUGGGAGCGACCCAUGAUCGAAAACCCAAGCUACAAGGGCAAGUGGAAACCUCCAAUGAUCGACAACUCCAACUAUCAGGGUGUGUGGAAACCCAGGAAGAUCUCCAACCCUGACUUCUUUGAGGAUCUGCACCCCUUCCGCAUGACCCCCUUCACUGCUGUGGGGCUUGAGCUCUGGUCUAUGUCCUCUGACAUAUUCUUUGACAACUUCUUCAUCACAUCAGACCGGAAUGUUGCAGACCGCUGGGCCAGUGAUGGGUGGGGUCUGAAGAAGGCUGCUGAGAGUGCUUCUGAGCCUGGCCUGGUGACUCAGAUGCUGAGCGCCGCAGAGGAGCGGCCUUGGCUCUGGGUGAUCUAUGUGCUGACAGUGGGUCUGCCUGUUGUCCUCAUCUUCGUUUUCUGCUGCUCCGGCAAGAAGAAGACAUCACCUGCUGAUUAUAAGAAGACUGAUGAACCUCAGCCAGAUGUGAAGGAAGAGGGUGAGGAAGAAAAGGCAGAUGAGGAAGAGGAAGGAAAUGAUGAUGAAGAUCAAACUGAGGACAAGAAGAAGAGUGACGCAGAAGACAGUUCAGCAGAGCCUGGAGUUGGAGAGGAGGAUGAGGAGGAGGACGAGGAGGAUGAGGAGGACGAGAAAGAAGCUAACAAAGUUGAUGAGAAACACGAAGACGAUGUCCCGAGAAGAUCUCCCAGAAACAAGAAAGUGAGGAAAGACUGAAAGAGCCCCUCCCCUCCCCUAAACCCCGAUUUUUCCCACCCCUCUGUCACCCACUCCAUCCCACAUCCUGGAUGUCUUCUACCCAGCCUCACAGCAGCGAUGGCUGCGGCGUGACGUGACACACUGUCUCCUUCAAGAUCAGUACAGAACAAUCAAGAACUGGGCCGCCCUUGACAGCUAUCAGAACGAAUAGAACUGGCUUUUUUUUUUUUUUUUUUUUAAAGAAAAGCAAGGGGAGGGGGGGGUUUUACCUUUUCUUAGCACUGCAGCUGACUAACUUUGGAACUUGACCCCUCCCAUCACAUAAACCACAGCUUCUAACCGCCUCAGGCAGUAUUCAUUGCCUGCUGAUUGUUUCAGACACUACAGAUUUAAGUGCAAACCCCUGCGUGUUUUACUAGAAUUUAGGUAGUGCCACGUGUCUGAGUAUUUGGGCUGAACGGCUGUAGAUUUAUGUGAAGGGCCACGUAUCUUAUAUCUUGUGGCCAAAGUUACCUGAAGGCUCUUAACACGGGCUGCGUGAGAUGGAUUCUUUCUCUUAAGGACAAAUCUGUUGGUGUCUUACCGGUGUGGUUUCUCUCAUCUCCCCCAGUCAGAAAUGCUCGUCAAGGUGCCGUUGCAGAUUCAGUGCCCAGUUGACGUGUCAGGACAGAGGGUGUCAUUGACAGCCCUCUUGGUUAGAUUGUAUUGCUGGUGCAGCUGUGGACUGUGGAAAUUACCUGAAUGUAAUGUGAGGGUUUUUUUUAUGAUGCAUUUUACUUUUUCCCAGAAUAUUUGAUUACGUUGUCUUUUGGUUUGGUAAUAAAGAAACAUGUUUGGAGGCUGGUACAAUUCUCUGUGGAGUAUAGUUCAUGGUAACUGUGUCAAAGAUCAGGUUUAUCAGCUUGGGUCAUCCAUAUGAAGUAGGAUGUUGGUGACUUUUUUUUUGGGGGGGGGGGGGUUCCCCACUGUGUACUCUGUUCUCCCCCAUUUGUAGAUGAGUCAGUCCCUGUUUGCAUGUUGAUGUCAUUUCCUGUCAGUGCAGUUUGUCGUACAGGAAAUAACUGUCCAUCUCCAAGGGAGUCUGCAGCCUCCAGGCUACACAUCUACAAUAAAAGAUGCCUGCAUCCUAAA